AUGGAGCAAGUAAACAAAAUACUACUUUUCAUUUAAGAAAAUAUUUAGAUAUUUGCUUGGAAAUAUUUUAAUUUAAUGAUCUAUUUGAGAAUGAUUAAACUAGUAGACAAAUAUAAAAAAGAUUAAGAAGUAGUUUACAAAAUCAAUAUGAAUAAGAAAACAAACAUUUAAAUAUUCUCUAUCAAAUACCCAGACAAGUUAGUGAGCUAUUUAUGGAUUGCAUAAAAUAUAUCUUAACUUAAAAUGAAAAUUUAAAUCAAAAAGAUUUUCUUAUUUCUGUUUUUACUAAAAAUAUUCACCUUAUUUAGCCUAAUACUCCUUUAUAGGAAAUUUGUUCUACUGAAAGCUUUUUAAAGAUUAUUGAAUAAAUUUAUGAUGAACUUUCAAAUGAGCCCUAUCUUAAUAGUAUAAUACCAAAAAAGACUCCUUAUACAUUAAGACUAGCUAAUUAACUCUCUGAUAUCCUAUUAACAAGAAAUUAUAAAAUGA